CCUCCACGAUGACGUCGUUACCCGGAAGCAAAGAGCUGGCCGCUUUGUUUUGUUUUGGUUGUAUCUCGGAACGAGAGGCUUGACGGCUACGAGGAACCGGCCGGGAGGGAGAACCCGCUCGCUAAAUGGGGCGAGGAAUACCGGGGAUGGAAGAUGACGAACCGAGAGCCGACGCCUGCAGGAUGCCGAGUUUUACGAGACGGACAGAAACUUCCUCCGCGGACGGCAAAGUUGAGCCGUCGGUCGGAGAUUUGAGCCGCCGCGUCGCCAGGACGAACUCCCGGUUGUCCCUCGACGGCGGCGAGCGGCACUGGGAGGAGAGGAGCGGCGCGGAGGGGAAGGAUGCGCGGGGCAACAACAACAACAACUGCAACGGCAGAGGAGAGAGGAGGAGGGCGAGCGCCGUGGAGAUUUUGAGGCGGAAUUUCGGCGUUUCAAAGUCCCCGUCUUUGUGUUUCAACGCCAACAGUCGGAUGCAGCGCGGCGCCGAGCACGAACGGCGCGAGGCAAACGUCAACGGCGACGUUUCGAACGGCCAUGGGGCCGAACGCGGCGCGCGUGACAAGUCGCAGCGAGAAACGGGCGAAGCGGUGGAUGAAAGCGAGCCAGCCCUUAGCGACUCGGCGACUUCGGAUGGAAGGGGAGUCGAACUUGUGACCGUGACAAGCCUGCGACGUCAUCGACGUGACGGCGGCAACAACGCCGACACUUUAGGGGAGUCGUCUAAAGAACACGUCUACUGUACUGUUUAUUGCAUCGCCAACGAAAGUCAUCGAAAAGACGGUGAAAUAACGGACGAUGACGCGGUCGCGUCGGACGCGCCGGACGCGGACCCGGAGACGGGACGUGGCGCGGGUUCGAGUCCCCGACCGACUGCGUACACGUUGGACGACCUGGUGGCUCCUUUCGGCGGAGUGGCCCUGCGGCGGCUGUCCACGGAGCAGGCCGGUGCCGAGGCAACGACGCAGGGUUGCCGGGUGUGCCUGGAAGAGAAAACCAUCGCACCCUUGCCCUGCUGCAGGAAGGCCGUGUGCGACGAGUGCCUGGAACUCUACGUCAGCUCCCAGGUGCGAGUGGCCAAGUCGUACAUCGGCUGUCCGAUCCCGGAGUGCAGCGGCUACCUGGAGGAGGGCCUGGUCACUUCCCGUCUGUCCGACGAGGACGUGGCCAAAUACCGGUACUUCUUGGAGCUGAGUCAGCUGGACUCGAGCACCAAACCCUGCCCCCAGUGCAGCCGCUUCACCUCCCUGAAGGGGAGCAACCUCAACCCCUCGGAGCACAAGUACAAGAUCCAGUGCGACACCUGCCAGUUCGUGUGGUGCUUCAAGUGCCACGCGCCGUGGCACAGCGGGGUCAAAUGUCGCGACUACAGGAAGGGAGACAAGCUGCUGCGAGGCUGGGCCAGCGUCAUCGAGCACGGGCAGAGGAACGCCCAGAAGUGUCCGCGGUGCAGGAUCCACAUCCAGCGGACAGAGGGAUGCGACCACAUGACGUGCACGCAGUGCAACACUAACUUCUGUUACCGCUGUGGAGAGCGAUAUCGACACUUACGGUUUUUUGGAGACCAUACAUCAAACCUCAGCGUGUUCGGGUGCAAGUACCGCUACCUACCUGAUAAGCCUCAUCUGAGACGGCUAAUUAGAGGGUCGGUCUGUGGCACCAAGGUGCUGAUAGCUCCAGUGGUCAUUCUGCUGGUCAUGGUGCUCGGAGCUCUGGCGCUGGUGAUAGGUCUGGUGGUUUUCCCGGUCUACUACGUGUGUAAGAGGAGGAAGAAGCAGCAGCGCACACAGGGCUCCGGACGGUGGAUCUGAACCGAGGGGGGGGUGGGGGG